GUGUGUCAGACUGAGAAUGUCAUCAGGAAGGUCUAGGAAAUGGUGCACCUGCUUCUGAGCAUCAGAAAUGAGCAUGGAAAGAGUUAAUAUCAUAAACCUACUGGAAUCGGCCCCCUCCCUUUGUAACAAGCAGCUGUAGGUCUUUUGGGAUUUAAUAUCAGCUCAUGAAAAGUUGGGCACACGACCCAGAAAGCUGCCUGGCUCCCUCCGUCUGAAGGCGGAGAUAUGCAGCACACGCCCUAGUCGAAUUUGGCUGGACAUGCCAUGGGAAAGCAGAAGGGGCAAGCAAGGAAGGGGGAGACGGCCAAAAAAACCUGCUCUCACACAAGUGCCCCCCCUGCCAAUUCCGUAACAUUAGCAAAGCCCAAGUUCAAACACCAGUCCCUAUUUAAAAGAGGCCCCCGUAAGGACGACACUGGACUGCCCUUUACGGUUGCCGUAAGUUACUCUUCCAAGUCCCAAAAGCGCGUAGCAACUCCGGUCUAUUUUGCAGGGCUGUUGUAACAGGGACACCCUACGCCACCGCCCAGGGCAGCCCAAAGUGACGUAUAACCAAUCGUUGUUGUUGUUGUUGAUGAUGAUGUUGUUGUUGUUGUUGUGUUCCACAGUGAGACUCCAAGGUCUUCUGUGUCAUGUUUCCUGUGCAGUGGACGCUCAGGUUGUGAACGUGAUCCGUGCGGGUGGCACAUUCACAACCUACAGCGCUGCGUCUGCGCAUGUGUGGGUUGCAAUUUGGUGAUUCUGCACACGCACAAAGCGUGAUUUAGUGGUUCUGCACAUGUGUGAGCACUGAAACCCGGAAAUAACCCGCAACCCGAAAACGCACAACUCGAAGCAUCUGUAACCCGAGAAAACAAAUAGGAUUUUCUCCCCACCCCAUUGAAAGAAGACAAUGGAGAAGGCAGUCAGAAUUCUGGUGGGCCAUGUCCAAUGGGAAUAACAAAGAAACCAUUUAAAUACAUGGAGUGUGAAAACAGAGAACAUAAACUAUUUGAAAGUAUGGAGUGUCGAAGGAGCUUCACUGACAGUGGAAACCUUAGAAAACAUCAGUGGUCUCACUCAGGGGAGAAACCAUUUAAUUGCAUGGAGUGUGCAAAGAGCUUCACUACUAGCGGAAGCCUUAGAAUUCAUCUACGGACUCACACGGGGGAGAAACCAUUUAAAUGUAUGGAGUGUGGAAAGAGCUUCACUAUUAGCGGAAGCCUUAGAAUUCAUCAACGGACUCACACAGGGGAGAAAUCAUUUAAAUGCAUGGAGUGUGGAAAGAGCUUCAGUCAAAGUGGACAACUUAGAGUUCAUCAACGGACUCACACAGGGGAGAAACCAUUUAAAUGCAUGGAAUGUGGAAAGAGCUUCACUACUAGCGGAAGCCUUAGAAUUCAUCAACGGACUCACACAGGGGAGAAACCAUUUAAAUGCAUGGAGUGUGGAAAGAGCUACAGUCAGAGUGGAGACCUUAGAAUUCAUCUACGGACUCACACAGGGGAGAAAUCAUUUAAUUGCAUGGAGUGUGGAAAGAGAUUCACUACUAGCAGAAGCCUUAGAAUUCAUCUACGGACUCACACGGGGGAGAAACCAUUUAAUUGCAUGGAGUGUGGAAAGAGCUUCACUACUAGCAAAAGCCUUAGAAUUCAUCUACGGACUCACACGGGGGAGAAACCAUUUAAUUGCAUGGAGUGUAGAAAGAGCUUCACUACUAGCAGAAGCCUUAGAAUUCAUCUACGGACUCACACGGGGGAGAAACCAUUUAAAUGUAUGGAGUGUGGAAAGAGCUUCAGUCAAAGUGGACAACUUAGAAUUCAUCAACAGACUCACACAGGGGAGAAAUCAUUUAAAUGCAUGGAGUGUGGAAAGAGCUUCAGUCAAAGUGGACAACUUAGAAUUCAUCAACGAACUCACACAGGGGAGAAACCAUUUAAAUGUAUGGAGUGUGGAAAGAGCUUCACUAUUAGCGGAAGCCUUAGAAUUCAUCAACGGACUCACACAGGGGAGAAAUCAUUUAAAUGCAUGGAGUGUGGAAAGAGCUUCAGUGAAAGUGGACAACUUAGAAUUCAUCAACGAACUCACACAGGGGAGAAACCAUUUAAAUGUAUGGAGUGUGGAAAGAGCUUCAGUCAAAGUGGAAAACUUAGAAUUCAUCAACGGACUCACACAGGGGAGAAACCAUUUAAAUGCAUGGAAUGUGGAAUGAGCUUCACUGAGAGUGGAUCACUUAGAAACCAUCAACGGACUCACACAGGGGAGAAACCGUUUCAAUGCAUGGAGUGCGGAAGGAGCUUCAGUAAGAGUGGACACCUUAGAAGACAUCAACGGACUCACACAGGGGAGAAACCAUUUAAAUGUAUGGAGUGUGGAAAGAGCUUCAGUCAGAGUGGAGACCUUAGAAUUCAUCAACGGACGCACAUGGGGAGAAACCAUUUAAAUGCAUGGGAUGUGGAAAGAGCUUCACUGUGAGUGGAAAACUUAGAAGACAUCAAUGGACGCACACAGGGGAGAAACCAUUUAAAUGCAUGGAAUGUGGAAAGAGCUUCACUGAGAGUGGAAAACUUAGACUUCAUCAACGGAGUCACAUGGGGGAGAAAUCAUUUAAAUGCAUGGAGCGUGGAAAGAGUUUCAGUACAAGUGGAGUUCUUACAAAACAUCAACAAACUCAUACAGGGGAGCAACAAUAUAAGUCCUAGGGAAGUGGACAGAGGUUCAGUUGUAGUGGAAGUCUUACAAACCAUCAAAAGACUUCGAGGGGUAAGAGCUGUAAUAGUGGAAACACCUUCAGGCCAUCAAUUAACUCAAAGAAGAGAAAGGAUUUAGACAGAAGGAGUGUUCAUCCUGCUUUGGUUAUUAUGCAACACUUUUUAGAGUGUAGGACCUGUUUCUCUCCAAGUUGACACUUUUUUUUUUUUAAUAGCUUUUAUUUUUCUUAAACAGGUACAUAUAAAUAUAAACAGCCAAAAAUUACAAAGGAAAAUUCCUUAAUAGUAAUGGGGG